CUCACACAUCAAGCUGGACUCAUUAAAAGUCAAGAGGCAACAGGAUGAUGUCAUAUCCGUGAAGAAGGGUCCGUGGUACCUACUGUACACGCAGCACGGAUUUUCGCUGCAUGCAAGCCAACAAACUUUUCCCUCCUUUACAGUGACGAGGUCUCUUCUUGCUGCCUGCAUGGCAUGCAUGCGUAACGGGGACAAGUGGCUGGAUGUGCCCCCCUCCUCCCCAGGAAGCACCGUUUUUUACCAGCGCGUAAUGAACGUGGUGGCGCGUACCCACGGGCAGAAAGUUGCGUGAAAUCUUUUGUUGCCGUCGCGGCGGAGGAGGUGGAGGAGGGAAACGCUGCUGCAGCCGACAGUAUGUGGUCGCUGUCUGUGGUCCUGAACCCGCUGCUGUUUCUGCUGCUGUUCGGAUACUGCCCUUCAGUGACCAUCAGGCCAAAGGAGGGGUGGCAGGUGUACAGCUCAGCUCAGGAUGCAGAUGGGCGUUGUAUCUGCACAGUGGUGGCACCCGAGCAGAAUCUGUGCUCCAGAGAUGCCAAAGGCAGACAGCUCCGCCAGCUUCUGGAGAAGGUGCAGAACAUGUCACAGUCAAUCGAGGUAUUGAACCUGCGAACGCAGAGGGACUUUCAGUAUAUCAUGAGAAUGGAGAGCCAGAUCAAAGGGCUUCGGUCAAAGUUCCGACAGAUUGAUUCGGACAGGAAGAUGCUCGGCAACAAAAACUUUCAGGAGCUAAAGGGAAAAAUGGAGUCCUUGCAGCCACUAAUCCCUGUCCUGGAACAAUACAAGACAGAUGCCAAGCUCAUUUCGCAGUUCAAAGAGGAGAUCAGAAACCUGUCUGGUGUGUUGAUGGGCAUCCAGGAGGAGAUGGGAGCCUACGACUACGAGGAGCUACAACAGAGGGUGCUCAGCCUGGAAAAUCGGCUCCGCAACUGUAUGAGCAAACUCACAUGUGGCAAACUAAUGAAGAUCACUGGGCCGCUGACGGUGAAAACUUCAGGGACCAGAUUUGGAGCCUGGAUGACUGACCCUCAGGCAUCUCCCAAAAACAACAAAGUCUGGUACAUGGACAGCUACACCAACAACAAGAUAGUAAAAGAAUAUAAAUCCAUUGCUGAUUUUGUAGCAGGAGUCGAGUCAAGAACCUACAACCUUCCGUUCAAAUGGGCUGGAACCAACCAUGUGGUGUACAAUGGCUCUCUGUACUACAAUAAGAUGGAGAGCAACAUCAUAGUGCGGUACAGCUUUGAGACGGGGCGCGUGGUCACACAGAGGGCUCUGGAGUUGGCAGGCUUCCAUAAUACGUACCCCUACACCUGGGGAGGCUUUUCAGACAUCGACCUGAUGGCGGACGAGCUGGGCCUGUGGGUCGUCUACGCAACCAACCAGAAUGCUGGGAACAUCGUCAUCAGCCAACUGAACCCAGACACGCUCCAGAUCCUCAACACAUGGAACACAGAGUACUCAAAGAGGAAUGCUGGUGAGUCUUUUAUGAUCUGCGGGACCCUCUAUAUCACUAACUCCCACACGACCGGUGCCAAGGUGUACUACGCUUACUCUACUAAAACAUCCACAUACGAGUAUACAGACAUCCCCUUUCAUAACCAGUACUUCCACAUGUCUAUGUUGGACUACAACGCCAGGGAGCGCGCCCUCUACGGCUGGAACAACGGUCACCAGGUCCUGUUCAAUGUCACACUUUUCCACAUCAUUAAAACUGAGGAUGACUCUUAAAGGGAAGAGAAUAAUGUACAUGUGAAAGAAAUAAUGAAAACAUGGAGGAAAACACCUGAAUGUUCAAAUGAUUUUUAUUUAUUUGAUAAGUUAUUUCAUUUUGACAAUGACAUUGAGCUAUUUGUCCAUUUUCAUAUGAAGUUAAGUGAGAUUCUCCAUACAUUUGGGAAAUGUAAUACUUUCUCUGUUAAAAUAACUGAUAGCACAAAUUAAAACAAAUUCUGUGCAUUUUGAAACAUAUUGCAGACACUUGGGGACUAAAUAUUAACACUAGAAAUACUGAAUAAUAAAUCACCAGCCAUUUCCGCAGCUGCUUUUUUCUCUUUAAUUAAAAUAAAAGGCUUUAGAAAGAGGUUUUCAUAUUUGUAAUGCUUUUCUCAUUCAGUAUUGCAUUUACUUAGCCUUCCCAAAUGUAUUCAUAUUUUGACCAUGUUCGCUAAUUGGUCAUUUUCUUUCUUUUCCUUCCUUGGCAUUUAUUCAUCAUCAUCUGCUAAUUUAUUCCUGCCUCCCAAUGCCUCCACUCUCAAUUUGUCUUUUUAUUUUUCCUCUCAAAACUCUUUGCACUUGACCUUGUACAAGACAGUGAGAAAUGUGGUGAACCAUAAUGCACCUGUAUAGUUGCUGUACUUGGCUUCUUUGUGUCCAUGAAGACUCUCAGUCACCCAGGUCACUGGAUAUCUGUAAGUACUAGGUGAAAAUACUUCAGCAAACAUUCAGUCUGGUUAGUACUUUGAGAUAUUAGCGUUUUGUAAUUUUAGCAGCAGUUUGUAUGCCUUCUUCAGUGCAGUGCAUUCUGUAAACCGAAGGAUAACGGCUCUCAUGCAUGAAUGUUAGCUAUCCUGAUAGCGUUUUUACUGUAACUGUAUAUCUGUGUAUUUUGUAUUUGCACAACAUCCCAUUCUCCUUCUCUCUUACUAUAAUUACAGUAUACAGUGGAUAACUUUAAUAAGCACUCAUUUGUGUAAAUAAGAAAUUAUACACAA